ACUGCCCAUCUCAAGUGUCUCUGCCACUUCCACAGAGUGAUCGCCUGACGCCAACAGAGCCACUGCCGCUGCCGCCUCUGCUCCAGAGCCCCUGCUACCUGCUGCCAGAGAGGCGUCAUGGGUUUCUGGAAGUUCUCUCCCUUCCUGGCUCUCAGCAUCUUGGUCCUGUACCAGAUGGGCUUCCUCCAGGCAGCGCCACUCAGGGCUACCUUGGAGAUCUGCUCCUACCCUGCUACACUCUCUGAGGAGGAAUCACGAGUCUUACUGGCUGGACUGAUGAAGGACUAUGUCCUGAUGAAGAUUCAUGAACUGGGGCAGGAGACGGAGGGCUCCAGGAUCACUGCCCAGAGAAGAAUCUGCAACACUGCCACCUGUGUCACCCAUCAUCUGACAGUCUUGAUGAGCAAAUCUGGCGGUGCAGUGAAGAGCAACUUUGUACCCCCCAACAUGGGUUCCAAAGCCUUUGGCCAGCAACAGAGGGACCUUCAGGCCUGAGUAUGAAAUGACUCCAGAGAAGAGUCACUGUGAAGCUCACCUCUACUUUUAAUUUGUAGUAAAAGUGCUUGUAGGAAUGGGAAUGUGCAAGACAUAUAUAUGUGUAUCUCCCUUGAUAUUAAAAAUGCUCUUUUUUGUUUGAAAUAAACUAAAACUAGAUGCAGAAUAAAAUCAUUGCCGUUACCUAGUGUGCAUGUUUUUUAUAUUCGAUUCUGUAUUCAAAAAUAUGACAGCAUGUCUCACUGGCUUAUCUGGUUGCAUAUCUGGGUCCCAUUAGCUAACUUGUGGAUAUUGGCAAUUCUGCUAAACUUCAGUAGAACAUGAAAUCACUGCCUUGUGGGUGCCUGGGGACUCAUAAUAAAUCUAUGCCU